CCCCUCACGAUUCGGUCCUGUCAUCAACUUCAUUGCUUCGUCUGAGCUGAAGCAGUACGCAUCAUGUUUCCGCAUCUCACCGUUUUGGUGGUAGCCCUAGGUGUGGCUGUAGCCGCGCCCAAGGCUCACAAGAACCACUGGAGCUGCCACGAAUCCCCGCGCGGGGCUCGCUUCGAGGAGCAGCAUGCCGUGGGCACCUGGAUACUGUUGCGCAUGAAGACUGAGGCCACUAACGCCGUCGACAACACGCACUGUGUGGACUUCUCACGCGUCAAUGAGGAGGAACGAAAUGGCCUCAAAGAGCUAAUCGCCCAAUAUGUGGAGAACCUGGAGUGGAAGAACAUAACCCUCAAGAUGCAGAUACCGUGCGCGCAGUCCAACGCCACCCGCCGGGCGACCUACUUCCUGGAGCGGCUGGAAGACCACGGUUCCUACCGAACUCUUCAGAUGCCAGCCAAUAAUGGCAAGUUCGACCUGGCGGAGUUCCACCGCUACCCGAUGCGGCUGAAGCUACUGGAGGGCCGCUACUUGCACAUGCUGGACUGCGUGGACCACGUGGCCUUCCUCAUGGGCCGUACGCACAGCGUGGACGACCGGCUGCGCACGCUGCUCGAUGCCUUCUGGCCUGAUGAUGCCUCCCCCGUGAACCAACUCUAGGUACUGUUGAAUUAACACUGCACA